CUUGGAUUGCUGGCCUCCAUCAAAUCUCUCCUCCACUCCCUUGCAUGCUAUCGUAUAGUGGAAAUGGCAGACAUGAAUAACCAACAGCCCCUGGAGUGGCAGGACCUAUUCUGGACGGACCCGGAGAUUGAUCUAGAUGCUCUAACCUUCCUAGACAACCCAUUACCGUCACCCAUUGACCCUGCGCUUGACCUUGACCUCUAUGGUAUAUCCGGCAAUAAUUCUUCUGUAUCUUUAAACUAUUCAACACCUGGAGCGGCCUCCGUUGAGCAGCUUGUGUCGGCACCAAGCUCCCAACCUCAAUCUCCUGAGCCUUCUUUGCCCCUUCACAGUGCACUUGCAGAACGCCCGUCCCAACUUCAUCAACAAUCAUUGAUCCGACGUCGGAGCAAGUAUUUCAUUCGUAGGACAGGCUCUCAGCAGUCUGCGCCAAUUGUAAUACAUUCCGGAAAUUCAGGACGAACCGCGUCUCCCUCCCUACCAAUGCAAAGGUGGCGAGACUCGCCGCCUGAGAAUGAGGCCUCGUCCUUGUCUGCCAUCUACAAUGCAGUGCAAAACAGUAAUGGGAGUGCGACCUCGUUGACGGACAGGCCGAUAAGCGCGGAAGGUGCCCGCCCGUUCCGAAGACCAGCCUCGAUUGCUAGUUGUGAAAGUGUGGGUAGCGAGUCUUCCAUUCAAUCAAUCACUUCGAGUCGUUCAGCUACUUCGGGGAACAGCCGUAGUGCACAAGCCCUAAAAGGCCGCAGGAGGCCAAAGUCUACGAGGAAGAAGGACAUGAACACAGCAGAUCGCAUCUUCAAGUGCACAUUCUGCUGUGAUACAUUCAAGCACAAAUACGACUGGUCCCGACACGAAAAGUCAUUGCAUCUGAGCAUGGAAGAGUGGGUCUGCUCCCCACAGGGUGGAUGCGUUGUGCUUGCCCAUACCGGAAGGGUUCAUUGUGCCUACUGCAGCGCACUCGAUCCUAACACAGAUCAUCUAAAGUCACACAACCACGAAGCAUGCCAAAGUAAUGCGAGUACUCCGCGUACGUUUCGGAGGAAGGAUCACCUCGUGCAACACCUCCGACUAUUCCAUCGACUGGAAACAAUGCCUUUGAUUGAGGAUUGGAAGGUGGAGAUCUUGCCUGUCGUAUCCCGCUGUGGAUUUUGCGACGCCGCGCUCAAUAGCUGGGACGAGCGAACUGACCAUUUAGCUGCACAUUUCCGCGAAGGAAAAACCAUGAUAGACUGGAAGGGAGAUCAUGGGUUUAGUCCGGCUGUCGCUGCCCGCGUUUGCAACAAUCUACCUCCAUACGUUCUUGGACUCGAGUCUCUAUCUCCCGUCCCUUUCUCGGCAACAAAUCCUGACUCUGUGGACCACUUCAAACAGAUGGCGCUCAACGUCGAAAGUUCUGCACCAGGAUCAACCACAAUGUCACAAGAGCAAAAGACUCCCGGGAUGCCUCCCUCUCUCGCGACUCUUUCGAAUCCGGUCGAUCAAUCUCCGUUGGUGCAACCAGAUGCAGGGCUUUGCUACGUCGACCUAUUAUCCCGGCAUUUGGCUAGUUUCGCGAGGGAGCAGAUUGCCAACGGGAUCAUACCGACGGAUGAGAUGUUCCAGAAUGAGUCGCGGCGUGUCACCUAUCAAGAUGGCACUGAUACUUGGAAUACAACGCUCGCGGACAAUCCCCACUGGCUGAACAAAUUUCGACAUUCAAAUGGCUGGAGCGAAUAAGAGAUGCGAUGCGAAGGGUUUUUGGAAAAUUAAAUAACGCUAAUGAUAAUGACAUUCG